GGUCCUAAAAUUUACAAGACCCAGUAACUUUGAUCCUCCAAAGCUGCUGUCUUUUGUGCCGUGGAUUUGGUUUUCUGGAACGCUCACCAACCGUUCGGUGUCAUUUGCAAGUGGGAAUGAUUCUAACUCAGCCUCUUGUUUCACCUGAUGGGAUAAUGUCAAAGAAGGAUUCUUGUGUGUUGACAUUGGUAUCUACUGUUUCUGGAGGCUAAAAUAAAUGGCAGUAGAAACUAUUGUCUCGCUUUUGCACCAUUGUGCCAAAAUCAAGGCAUUUCGGUACGGUUUUUCUCUCCAUGGAGCUGUAGUAAAGACAGGCAUAGAAUAUGAUGUUUAUGUCUCCAACCAUGUCCUAAACAUGUAUGCCAAGUGCGGCAAGAUAAACUUUGCUCGUCAAGUAUUUGAUGAAAUGCCUGAAAAGAAUGUUGUCUCUUGGUCAGCCAUGAUCUCUGGUUAUGACCAGGGUGGGGAGCCACUGUUGGCACUUGAUUUGUUUUCCCAAAUGCAUCUUGUGUUCAAUGGGCAAAGUUUUGCAAGUGCCAUACGUGCCUGUGGGAGCCUUAUGGCUUUGGUGACAGGACAGCAAAUUCAUGCUCGAUCAUUGAAGUAUGGAUAUGCAUGCCUCUCAUUUGUCUCUAACUCUCUCGUUUCAAUGUACAUGAAAUGUGGUUAUUGUAGUGACGCCUUAUUGGUUUUUGCUGGUUCAUCAGGAGCAGAUCCUGUUGCUUAUAAUGCUCUCAUCACUGGGUUUAUAGAAAACCAGCAGCCUGAAAGGGGCUUUAAAGUGUUUAAGCUUAUGCAACGACAAGGCCUUGUGCCAGAUCAUUUUACUUUUGCAGGAUUGUUGACAAGUUGUGCUGAAUCAGAAAAUUUACAUAGAGCAAUGGUCUUGCAUUGCCAGACUAUCAAACUUAAACUUGACUCCACCCCUUUUAUUGGUAAUUUGAUGAUAAAAAUGUACUCAAAGUUCAAUCUGAUACAAGAAGCAGAGAAAAUAUUCAGACAGAUCGAGGAAAAGGAUGUCUUUUCAUGGAACACUUUUAUAGCUGCUUGUUCUCAUUGUGAAGAUUAUGAAAUGAGUUUGAGAACUUUUGGGGAGAUGUUGAAUGAGCACAGUGUUAGACCUGAUGACUUCACCUUUGCCAGUGUCUUUUCUGCCUGUGCUGGAUUUGCUUCAAUACAUUCUGGCAAGGAGAUUCAUGCUCACCUAAUCAAAACAAGGCUGAAUCAAGAUGUGGGUGUUGGUAAUGCCCUCAUUAACAUGUAUGUUAAAUGUGGUUCUAUUAAAUAUGCAAACAGUGUUUUCAACAAGAUGAUCCAUCUCAAUCUUGUCUCAUGGAACACCAUCAUAUUUGGAUUUGGAGAUCACGGGCUUGGAAGCAGAGCCUUUGAACUUUUUGAGCGGAUGAAGGCAAUAGGAUUAAAGCCAGAUUCUGUUACGUUUCUUGGACUUUUGAUGGCUUGCAAUCAUGCAGGUCUUGUAGACAAGUGCCUGGGUUUGUUCAAUUCUAUGAAAGAAACUUAUGGAAUUGCUCCUAAUAUAGAACAUUUGAAAUGUCUUAUUGAUUUGUUGGGACGAGCUGGGAGAUUAACUGAAGCAAAAGAAUACAUGAAGAAAUUUCCUUUUGGACAAGAUCCAGUAGUUUUAAGGAGCCUGCAUUCUGCAUGCCAACUGUAAAGGGAUACAAUGGCUGGGGAGGGAUUAGGUAAAUAGAUUUUGAAACUUCACAAGUGGCAGCUUCACCUUAUGUUCUGUUUUCAAACUUGUUUGGUCAGAUGAGGUGUGGAAUUCAGUCGCAGAAGCAAGGAAGAUGUUGAAGGGCAGUAAUGGAUUGAAGAAGGUACCCAGCUGGAGUCUGGUUGAAGUGAAGGGGAGUUUUGAAAAAUUCACAGUAGGGGAUUUUUCUCAUGCAAGGAUUGAAGAGAUGAAGGACAUACUCAAAAUUACAACCUCAGAUGUAGGUG